UCCUCCCUCCGACCUCGCCCAUCAUGUCAAGCGCACGUAUGAGCGACAAGGAGCUCUUUGACCUCAACGCAAAGGCGGCCGUCAAGGAGUAUUCCGUCGACCCGCGCUUGGACUACCGCACUGUCUCUUCUAUCAAUGGGCCUCUCGUCAUUCUCGACAAUGUCAAGUUCCCAUCGUACAACGAAAUUGUCUCACUCACUCUUCCCGACGGAUCUCGUCGUGGCGGUCAGGUCCUCGAAGUCAGCGGCAACAAGGCCGUCGUCCAAGUCUUCGAAGGCACAUCAGGCAUCGAUGUCAAGGCGACGCACAUCGAAUUCACCGGUUCGUCGAUGAAGCUGCCUGUAUCGGAGGACAUGCUGGGCAGAAUCUUCAACGGUAGCGGUAACCCCGUUGACAAGGGACCCAAGGUCUUUGCCGAGGACUACAUUGACAUCAAUGGCUCGCCCAUCAACCCGUAUGCCCGUGUCUACCCCGAGGAGAUGAUUCAGACGGGCAUCUCAACAAUCGAUGUCAUGAACUCCAUCGCCCGAGGUCAGAAGAUCCCAAUCUUCUCCGCCUCCGGUCUCCCGCACAACGACAUUGCCGCCCAAAUCUGUCGCCAGGCCGGCCUCGUCAAAAAGGGCGACUCGCGAGGCGAUGGCAAGCAGCAAGGACGCCCCUCAAAGGGCAUCCACGACGACCACGAGGACAACUUCUCCAUCGUCUUUGGUGCCAUGGGUGUCAACAUGGAGACGGCUCGCUUCUUCAAGCAGGACUUCGAGGAGAAUGGAUCUCUCGACCGUGUGACGCUCUUCUUGAACUUGGCAAAUGACCCGACGAUCGAGCGUAUCAUUACGCCUCGUCUUGCCCUCACCACCGCAGAGUACUUUGCCUACCAGCUCGAGAAGCACGUCCUCGUCGUCCUUACCGACAUGACUUCGUACGCCGAUGCCCUCCGUGAGGUCUCCGCCGCCCGCGAGGAGGUGCCCGGUCGUCGAGGAUACCCCGGUUACAUGUACACGGACUUGUCCACCAUCUACGAGCGUGCAGGCCGAGUAGCAGGGCGCAACGGGUCCAUCACUCAGAUUCCCAUUCUCACGAUGCCCAACGACGAUAUCACUCACCCGAUCCCGGACUUGACGGGUUACAUUACCGAGGGACAGAUCUACGUCGACCGUCAGCUGCACAACCGACAGAUCUACCCGCCCAUCAACGUGCUCCCUUCGCUCUCCAGGUUGAUGAAGUCAGCCAUCGGCGCCAAACACACUCGUGCGGACCACUCGGACGUCUCGAACCAGCUGUACGCCCUCUACGCCACCGGAAAGGACGUCGCAGCCCUCAAGGCCGUGGUGGGUGACGAUGCGCUUUCCUCCGAGGACAAGCUCGCUCUCCAGUUCCUCGACAAGUUCGAGCAAGGCUUCGUACAGCAGGGGGCAUACGAGGCACGUACCAUCUUUGACUCCCUUGAUGUGGGAUGGAACCUGCUCCGCAUCUUCCCCAAGGAGAUGCUCAGCCGAGUCAGCCCCAAGGUGCUCAAGGAGUGGUACUCGAAGCGUGGAGGUGGAACUCAGAAGGGCAAGAAUGACGAUGAUGAGGAUGGCAGGAGGGACAAGGGGACCAGGGAUACGAGCGGCGAGGGAGAGGGGAAGAGUGAGGGGUCCAAGGACAAGGAUGGCGCAAAGGAGGGCAACCUCAUCGACGCCUGAUGGGACGCGCUACCCCAUUCUUCAUCGCCCUCCGCCCUGCCCACCGGGCUCUCUUCAUUUUUCGCUGCCGUUCUUGUGCUCGUUCCAUGCUGCCUUCACUCAAAUACAUAUGGAUUCCUGCUCAGCCC